AUGCAGAAUUUGAGCUUCAAUUGGGAAAAAUUACAAAAUGUGUUCUAUAGAUCAAAGACUUUGACUGAACUGAAAUGGUCAACCGGAACUAUGGUUGGGAACUUUGCAAUAUCAAUUUCAUUCAUAGCUAUUCAAGGAAAUGAAUCCAUUGAAAUAUACAACUAUUUGGGUGAACUACUAGGUUCCCUAAAACUAAGUUUAUUCCAUGAUAUAGUUAAACUUGAAUUUGAUGAAUUGACGAAUAAUUUGAUCGUUGUUUGUAGCAAAUCAAUAAAAAUAGUAAAGAACUGGUCACCUCUCGAAAUUGUUACGGUACAAGUUUCUGACGAAAUGACGGAGCGUAUAUGGGAUUAUAAACGUAGAAUUGUGAUCUUUAAAGGAAGCCAGGAUGUUUUCCAAUUAAACUCUCAAGAUAAAUUGGAAAUGUUGGUGGCUAACAAUGAGAAAUUUACAAUUUUGACUAAAGAACAUUGGCAUUGCAAUAACGAAAAAGUAAUAAUAUUAGACACUGAUCAUGUCUUCCAGAUAGAUCUUAUAACGACGCAGAUUUCUAAAUUAAUUAAGAAAAGUGAAUGGCAUCGAGUAUCAAUCUCAUCUGAUGGCUUCAUUGCUCUUUAUAAUGCCAAAUUCAAUAAGCUACAGGUUUUCAAGGAGCCUGAGCGGAUCCUUCUCGAACACAAGAUAGAUGGAAACCCUAUAAGUAUCAAAUGGUGCGGCAAUGAUACUAUUGUUUGUGCAUUUGAUGAUGAGAUCAAAUUAUAUGGUCCACAGGGUAGCUUCGUCACUUUCUGGUAUCCUGAUAGCAUAUUUUCAAUAAGAACAGAGAUUGACGGAUUGAAAAUAUUCACUAAAAAGCAAAUUUUAUUCGUUUCAAGGGUACAGGCUUGUACUUCCAAUAUUUUCCGCAUUGGAUCAACAGAGCCAGGUGCAAUGCUUCUAGAUUCAUGGAAUCUACUUGCUGAUCAUGCACCAAGAGCUAUUGAAAAUUUAAAAAAUUUCAAUUUGGCCAAGGGUGUAAUGGACUGUAUUGAAGCUUCAAUGGAAGAAUUUGAUCCGCAACUACAGAAAUUAUUACUGAAUGCUGCUUCCUUUGGAAAAAGCUCACUGCCUCACAGCACUUUUAACUCAGAAACUUUCGUUAAUGCCUGCGAACUACUAAAACUGCUGAAUAUACUACAUGAUCUCGGCAUUUUUAUUACCAAAAGGCAGUAUGAUGUAAUGGGUCUCAAUGAAGUUAUUGAGUGGUUAUUAAUAAGUCACAAAUAUUAUGAAAGUAUUGAAAUAUGUAAGCUCCUGAAUCAAAAAGCCUUGUAUCCCAAAGUAUUUGAGCACUGGGCUUCAACAAAAAUCAAACUUUCAAAUGACCUUGAAGAUAAUGAACUGUUAUCAGCAAUCCAAAACCAGCUCAGAGAACUUCCGGUAAAUAUAAGGGCCCCAAUGUCCGAAGUUGCAGAAUCUGCACUCUCGGAGGGUUACUUCAGUUUGGCCAGGAGUCUUGCAUUAUUAGAUUCAGAUUCUGAAGCCAAGAUUAUUACUUUGAUCAAGUUGGACGAUAAUAGCCUUGCUUUAAAGGAAAGUUUGAAAACAGAAAGUCCAGAAUUCGUAUUGUCACUAUUAUUAGAGCUAAAAAAGAAAUUGACGGCGUCGCAGUUAUCAAAGCUAUUGAUAAUGGAUAUGUCAGAAGAUCAAUUAUAUGCAUAUUUUCAAAGACAUGACCAUGAAUUUUGUUUUGAUUUCUAUAGACAAAGUGACAGGUACGUAGAUCUUGCAUAUUGCCUCAUAGAGCAAGGAAAGGGGCAAAACUCACUAGACUCAUUUCUUCCUCAAAUUAAAUCACUGUAUUCGAAUGUAGUGAAUGACCCCAUUUCGAAAGAUAAGUGUAAUCUAAUUGAGAGAGUUGAGAGUUUGAAUAAGUAUCAAGAGAAUUUAUCCGGUAUAUUCAAAAUUGAUUUUCAUGGCUUAACAUUAGAUCAAACACUAUCAAAACUCAUAGGCAUGCAACAGGAAAAGUAUGUCAAAACGCUAAUAAAAAUGUUUAAGAUAAAUGAGAAAAAAUACUACUUUACUGCUUACAAGACUUUUGUCGAACUGAAGAAAUUUGAAGAGGUUUAUCAGUUUGCAACAAAUAAGAAAUCUCCAAUUGGACUACUACCCCUUUACAAGAAACUUAGAAGCAAAGGUUACAAAAAAGAGGCGGCCAGAUAUGUUUCUUUGAUACCCGACCUUUCAUAUGAGGACAGAAAGAAAAUGCUCCUAGAUUGUGACGGAUAUCAGCAGCUUAUCACAUUGUCUAUAAAAGAAAAAGAUGUCGCUGGUUUAAAAGAACUUUAUAAGGCUAUACCCCCAAAUGAACCACAGUUGAAAAAUAUGAUUACGGAGGCUAUGAACAAGCUUUAA